AUGGAGACCGUCAACAAAUACGUCACCGCCGCUUCGACGGCUAUUUGGGGCCAAAAUGGCGAGCCCAAUGCCACACAAAUCACACAACAGCAUGGCGAGGAACCUCUCUCCGGUGUACAGGGUAGAGGAGACACUACCGAUCCAUAUGACGCUGGCAACCGUGAUGAACAACCCGGUGCCCCCGAAACAGACGGCAACACUGCUCCACAGGAGCCAAACCUAGUAGGCAGCAAGGCAAAGACACAGACAUUUGAAGAAGCCGCCGUUACAUCAGACCCCAUUGCCACGAAAACUGCCACUAUCGACCCUGAAGACGCCAGCUCCACCGCUCCCGCUGCUAGCAGCACCGCACAGCCGAUCUCUGGUGGAUCCACCGAGUCCAACAAGGAAAAGGAAACAUCAGACAAGGAGCAGCGUGAUUCUUCACAGAGCUCGGGUGGGAGCAGUGGUGUCCAGCGCCCAGCCCACCCCGAAGCAAGCAUAGAAGCUCUCGAGGGGCCUCAGGGUCCCCCACCGAAGCCGGCUGAGGAGUUUGAAAAGGAGGCUAAGGGAAAGGCACCCGUGAAAGACGAUACCGAGAAGAGUGAUAAGAGUCCGAGCGAUUCCAAGGAGAGCGCUCCCAAGAACAAUGACUCGCCUACUAGCAGCAACAAGUCUGAGCACUCCCAGGAGAGCGGGAAGAGCAGCAAGCUUGCUAAGGUCAAAGAGAGUGUCAAGAAGCACCUUCAUCAUUCGAGCAAAUAG